AAACCCUAGAGCUCCCUCUCUCCCAUUUCACGCAGUAGAAGCAGACGCGAGAGAGAGAGAGAGAGAGAGAGGAGAGAUGGUUUCCGGCUCAGGGAUCUGUGCUCGUCGUGUCGUCGUGGAUGCCAGACACCACAUGCUAGGCCGACUGGCCUCGAUCCUGGCCAAGGAGCUCCUAAACGGCCAGAAAAUAGUGGUGGUUCGUUGCGAGGAGAUCUGCCUCUCUGGCGGUCUCGUCCGCCAGAAGAUGAAAUAUCUCCGCUUCUUAAGGAAGAGGAUGAACACCAAACCAUCCCACGGCCCUAUCCAUUUCCGUGCUCCCGCGAAGAUUCUCUGGAGAACCAUCCGUGGGAUGAUUCCCCACAAGACGAAGCGCGGUGCCGCCGCUCUUGCUCGGCUCAAGGCUUACGAGGGAGUUCCUGGACCGUACGAUAGGAUGAAGAGGAUGGUCAUCCCUGAUGCACUGAAGGUUUUGAGGCUUCAACCGGGUCACAAAUACUGCCUGUUGGGACGUCUUUCUUCAGAGGUCGGAUGGAAUCAUUACGAUACUAUCAAGGAGCUGGAGGAUAAGAGGAAGAAGAGGGCUCAAGUCGCUUAUGAGAGGAAGAAGCAGCUGACCAAGCUGCGUGUGAGGGCAGAGAGGGCUGCAGAGGAGCAGCUUGGGCCCCAGUUGGAAAUCUUGGCCCCAUUGAAAUACUAGAAUGACAGUUUUGUUUCAAAAGCCGGAUUGUUAUUGGUUUUCUUUUAAAGAUUCUGUAGCUGAGAGACUCAGAGGUAAGAUGAUUUUGAAUGUUUGGUAUGUUUUUGUUUUGUUCCCAUCUCUGAACUUUUUUAUGGUGUUAUUGAAAUCUACUUUAUUUCUAAAAUCUAAAUGCCUCGUGCCAA